UUUUUGUAGUGACAUAAACAAAUCAAAGCAAUGCUUCCAUUGUCCUUUUAUAAUAAGAAAAAUCACAAACAAUAGGGAGAUCGAGAGAGAAAUUGAGAAAGAGGGUGUGAGAUAUGCAACGUUUCAGCAACACAGUGAUCGGAUUCUUGAACUUUUUCACGCUCUUGGCAUCAAUACCCAUCAUUGGUGCGGGUCUAUGGAUGGCAAGGAGCACCCUAACAUGUGAAAAUUUCUUCCAAACCCCACUUUUGGUCAUAGGCUUUGUUGUGCUUGUGAUUUCGCUAACGGGUUUAAUAGGGGCAUGCUUUCAUGUGGCAUGGGCAUUGUGGGUGUACUUGGUGAUCAUGGUGUUCAUUAUAGCUACCCUCUUAGGGUUUACCAUAUUUGGCUUUGUUGUGACUGAACAGGGUGGGGGAGUGGAAGUGCCUGGUAGGGCUUACAAGGAGUAUCGUCUCGAGCGUUAUUCGCCAUGGCUGAGGAAUAGGAUUCAGGAUCCUCAGUAUUGGAGCACCAUAAGAAGCUGCAUUUUGGGGUCUAACACUUGUGCAAAGCUUGCCUUUUGGACCCCUCUUGAUUACGUGCAGAGGGACAUGUCUCCCAUUCAGUCAGGAUGUUGUAAGCCACCAACAGCGUGCAUGUACAACGAGGAAACAGUGGUAGUGACCCCAGACUCGGAUUGCUACCGUUGGAAUAACGCCCCAACUCUGCUUUGCUACGACUGCAACUCUUGCAAGGCUGGUGUGCUCGAAAACAUUAGAAGGGACUGGCACAACAUCUCUGUUCUUAACGUUGUCGUGCUUGUGUUCCUCAUAGGCAUAUAUUCCAUUGCCUGUUGCGCUUUCAGGAACGCAAGAAGAGCUCAAACUGAUUACCCUCAUGGCGAAAACCGCAUGACCAAAGUUAAACCUAGAUGGGAUUAUUAUUGUUGGAGAUGGUGGUAUAACAAGAAGGAGGAGCUUUUUUGAGCUCAUGCACCCAUUACUGUGUGUUCUUGGGUAAUCAAAAGAGGGGACAAUUUACUGGUUUCUCGGUGAACGAUCAUAGAAGCUUUUUUUACCGUUAUCUUGCUUUUGUACAAAUCGUUUAGCUUUAUCUCAAAAGAUCAUACAAGAUCUGUGCUUUCCCACUUUAUUUUAAUUUACAGAUUUUUUUUUUCUUUUA